AAUUUUCCAAUUCUCCCUGGAAGAUGUUAAAACUAUUGCUACAGAUAUGUGUACUGAUCCUCGCAGCUAGCUACGUAGAUAAUAGAGUUAUAAAUAAGAGGAGUACGGAUAGUUCGAUUAAAGGAUACUUGACUGAGAGAAUAUGUUGGUGGAACGAGAUCUGUAAAGAGGAAUUCCGGAGCCAGUUUCGGUGUAAGUGUCCGGAAUGGUCGUACUGUCGAGCCCCCGGCAAAUAUUACAACGCUUUCUGUACCAUGACCACGACUGGAUACAUUUGGCAACAGCCUGGAUGGAGAGAAGCAGCUGAAAGCCAGAACUAGACUCACGAACCACUUUACAGCUCACUUUAGGAUCUCAAAGUCACAAGUUUAUGACAAUCUUUAUGUGAACAUUUUAUAUUUUAUUCGUCAAUCGUAAUUUGGAAAGAGUACCCCCGUUAAGAUGAGAAAAUGCCCCCAGUACUAGAAUUCAAUUGUUUUCAUGUUUUCAUGUUUUUACGUUCUAUGUGAUUAAAGAAUUUUAAUAAGGAUUUGGCGCAAUUUUAACCCUCCUCCCCUAUCGCCAAAAACGUAAUUUUUUCGUUUUUAUUUUUCUUUUAGGAGAGAUACGAUCAAUUUAAAAAUUUCAAAAAAUUCACACGUGUGGUUGAGG